AGCCCCCGGCGAGGAGCGGGCUGCGCUCAAAAUGGCGGAGCGGGGCGGGCGAGGGAGCGGCGGGCACGGCAGUUUGGACAAGAGCAUCACCCUGCCGCCCGACGAGAUCUUCCGCAACCUGGAGAACGCCAAGCGCUUCGCCAUCGACAUCGGUGGUUCAUUAACCAAGUUGGCUUAUUAUUCGACUGUGCAGCACAAAGUGGCAAGAGUGAGAUCCUUUGAUCAUUCUGGAAAGGACAUAGAAAAUGAACCUUUGUAUGAAAUAUCGGUUCAAGAGGAGAUUACAGCUCGACUUCACUUCAUUAAGUUUGAGAACACUUACAUUGAGACUUGUCUAGAUUUCAUCAAAGACCAUCUUGUCAAUACAGAGACUAAAGUCAUCAAAGCUACAGGUGGCGGCGCCUAUAAAUUCAAAGAUCUUAUUGAAAAGAAGCUGGGGUUGAAAGUAGAUAAAGAAGACGUAAUGACCUGCCUCAUUAAAGGAUGCAACUUUGUGCUAAGGAACAUACCCCAUGAAGUGUUUGCAUACCAGAAGGAUUCAGAUACAGAAUUCCGAUUUCAGACAAAUCACCCAAAUAUUUUUCCUUAUUUACUGGUGAAUAUUGGCUCUGGGGUUUCUAUAGUGAAGGUAGAAACAGAAGACAAAUUUGAAUGGAUAGGAGGGAGCUCAAUUGGAGGUGGAACCUUCUGGGGUCUUGGAGCACUGCUCACAAAAACAAAGAAAUUCGAUGAAUUGCUGCAGCUUGCUUCAAAGGGACAGCACACAAAUGUAGACAUGUUGGUGAAAGAUGUGUAUGGAGGCGCCUGCCAGACCCUGGGGCUAAGUGGAAAUCUGAUAGCUAGCAGCUUCGGGAAAUCUACUACAGCAGAUAAAGAGUUUUCCAAAGAAGAUAUGGCAAAAAGCUUACUACACAUGAUCAGCAAUGACAUUGGUCAACUUGCCUGCCUCUAUGCUAAACUCCAUAAUUUAGAUAAAAUAUAUUUUGGAGGAUUCUUUAUUCGGGGUCACCCUGUUACCAUGCGCACAAUAACCUACAGUAUCAACUUCUUCUCAAAGGGAGAGGUUCAGGCAUUGUUCCUGAGACAUGAAGGCUACCUGGGAGCCAUUGGGGCAUUUUUAAAAGGAGCUGAACAAGACAAUCCAAACCAGUAUAGCUGGGGAGAGAAUUAUGCUGGGAGUUCUGGUCUCAUGAGCACAUCACCUGAUGUUUAUCCCAUGCAGAGAACCAGGAGUGGUACAUUUGACAUGUUUGAAAUGGAUAGGCUGGAGAGACCGCUUGUUAACCUGCCACUGCUAAAGGACCCAUCGACCUAUAUUCCAGACACCGUUGACCUCACAGAUGAUGCCAUGGCCAGAAAAUACUGGCUUACCUGUUUUGAGGAGGCACUGGAUGGGGUGGCAAAACGUGCUGCAGCCAGUCAACCAGAUUCUGUUGAUGCACCUGAGAGAGCUGAAAAGUUCCGACAGAAAUACUGGAACAAGCUGCAGACACUCAGACAGCAGCCUUUUGCAUAUGGUACGUUAACAGUUAGAAGUCUUUUGGAUACAAGGGAACACUGUUUAAACGAGUUCAAUUUUCCGGAUCCCUAUUCAAAGGUAAAGCAGAAAGAAAAUGGCAUAGCCUUAAAAUGUUUUCAAAGCGUAAUCGAAUCUUUGGAUUCAUUAGGCUGGGAGGAGAGGCAGUUUGCUCUGGUGAAAGGACUUCUUGCGGGGAAUGUCUUUGACUGGGGAGCAAAAGCAGUCUCAGACGUUCUGGAAUCUGAGCCACAAUUUGGAUUUGAAGAAGCCAAAUCAAAACUGCAAGAACGUCCCUGGUUAGAAGACUCCUACAGUCAGUGGCUAGAGCGACUGAAGGAGGGUCCCCCUCAUAAAUGUGCCUUAAUUUUCGCAGAUAACAGUGGAAUAGACAUAAUUUUAGGAGUCUUUCCUUUUGUGAGAGAGCUCCUCUCUAGAGGGACAGAGGUUAUAUUGGCUUGUAACUCUGGCCCUGCCCUAAACGAUGUCACCUACAGUGAAUCCCUGAUUGUUGCUGAGCGGAUAGCAGCGAUGGAUCCAGUUAUUCAAUCUGCACUGAAGGAAGAGAAGCUGCUGUUGGUCCAGACAGGUUCAAGUUCUCCGUGUCUAGACCUAAGCCGCCUGGAUAAAGGCCUGGCUGUGCUGGUCAGAGAACGGAAGACGGACUUGGUUAUCAUUGAAGGCAUGGGUCGUGCCAUCCACACGAAUUACUACGCGGCUUUGAAGUGCGAGAGCCUCAAGCUUGCUGUUAUCAAAAACUCCUGGCUUGCCGAUCGUCUCGGAGGGAAAAUCUUCAGUGUCAUUUUUAAGUACGAAGUGCCAUGUAAAUGAUAUGGAUCCGGUUGACAGGGUGAACAGGAGCAGCAGAAUGGACUUGCACUAGUUUUACUUUAACUGUAAAGAAUGUAUUUUUAUUACAACAGGGAAAAGAGGUCACAGGAAAUUCCAUAUUUAUAUUGUGCUUUUGUGACUUAAAGCAACAAUAUGAUUCACUCUAUAGUAUACACACUCAAAUAUAUAUAUGUAUAUCUCACUCAUUGUUUAUUUUGGUAAGUGUUUAUUUUAAUGCUGCAGUAUUUGUGAUGAAGAGACUUUAUUUUUUUGUUCUGUGAGACAUUCAUAUAGAAAUAUAUUUAAAUGUCAAUGAAACCUUUUUUUAUACAUCUCUGCCUACUCUGCCAGUAAUGCCAUGGCACAUACCAAAUAGUUUUUAAAGUGCUAAGUGAGUCUGACAUUGUAUUUUUCCAUGUCAGCUUUUAAACUUACCCAACCUGUUUCAUGCUCUGUAGUUAAGUUGGUUGAAGGACUGAUCCACCUCCUACUCUAACCACCAUUGCUUAAGCUGCAUUUAAAAUAGAAGUGUCAUGAUUUGAGAGCACAUAGCCGAUAACUUAACAGCACUACAGCAGUUUGAAGAACUCGUAACUCCUGCUACUUCCACUGUUUGUUCUUGUUGCCACAGAGGGGUGGCAAGCUGCACCUAUACUAAAUUCUGGGCAGCUAUCAGAAGUUUAGAGUCUACACUAUGCUUCAAGUGACUCUGUAAUGCUUUAUUCAGGAACACCCAGCUAUUUCCCCAUCAAAAGGCAGAUUAGUGUCUGCUUUCUUCAUUUAUUUAAUGCUAGAGCUGAUGUGAAUUUGUCUCUUCGUUCAUGCAGCACAGUUAAAAAAACACUUCCAAGUAAAUGAAUUUGCUCCCUCCCACCCCAUCAGAUGUGCAGUACAUAAAUGCAGUCAUUUAACCAUGAAUUUACAAACCAGCAUGUGCAUGCAUCAGUCAUUCCACCUCUGAAAAGAAAACCAUCUUAUUUCAGUUGCGUAUUUAACAGUUUCCUAAUUAACUUCCCUAUGAAGUUCAACUGUUUUUCUUUGACAGCAAGAGAAUAAUGUAAAAUACCCAUUACUCACUUGCCCUUGCUUAGUAAGUUUGUACUUCCUUUAAUUGACUGAUUACCAAAUUUCAUGCUGGUGAAUUUUAAUUGUUAUUCCUAAAUAUUUCCUGAUCAGGUUAACUAAGACAACCUAGGAAACAUCUGAUGGGAAACAGACAUUUCUUAAAUCUAGUUCCUUAAUUGCAUCAUCCCCUUUCUUGGAUUUUAGGCUACUGCAGAGAAUGCAGUAAAGUCCUGCAUUUUGGGGGAUUAUGCAACAGUACUGUCCUUUCUGAUUCAGAAAUUACCUUCACAGUGACCAUCAUCUGCCUAGAAGAGGGGAAGAGUAGUCUGUAACUAAAAUAUUUAAGAAGCAGUUGUUUGUGAUUAGAACAAUCAGGUGAGAGCUUUAAUUUUCAAGAUUGUUCCUCAUACUGUAAUUAGUAAACAGAGGCAUCACGUUAACCUAUCCUAACUCCCUCACUCCUAUAGGCAUUUAUUCACUUACAUAGUAAACUUCUAAACUAAACAUAGGUGUGAUUCCCCCAUCUUAACCUUCCUUAAUUUUUAACAGUUGCACUCCAUCCUUCAUCAAUUUAAAUUUCUCCCAGCUGCUUAGUUUUCUUUUGAAUCCAGCUCCACCACCAAUCCAGAAGUGCUGUGUGUUUAUGAUUAGGAAACUAACACUCUAGACUUGCAGAAAAAUACCCUUCUACAGUGAUGUAGUUCCUAUGAAAUACAUAUGGUAGAACCCUAAUACACACCCAUUCCUUAACAAUUUUUUAAGCAUUAGCCCUUCCUGAAGUCUCCUGGCUUUGUCUUGUAUUUUCUUUUAUACGUAGACGAGUGCACAUUUCUUCUGUGAAAAUGGAGCAACAAGACUUCUGAAAAACAAAAGGGGAGAAAACAAGGGGGUGAGUUCUUCUGCAUCAUAAAAUCCACUUUUAAAAUGUGCGCUGCCCAUCCAUUCCAAUGGAUGGAGAACAAGAACACCAAAAUGCACAUUCAGAUACCAGUGCAGUUUUACUUACAUGUGGGUUCCUGCUUGUCAAAUGACUUGAAAAUAGCCAUACUUGAGAAUAAACUUGUUAUUGAUUUACUGUCCUCUGUACACACUCAGAGUGUUGCAAUGCAGUUUGGCUGCAUUACAGUAAAUAUUUCUACUUAA